AGACCCGGCCGCCGCUCGCCGGACCGGACCGGACCGGACCGCGGACCGCCUGCCUCACUCAGUGCGGCGCCGAGUGGUCCCGUGAGGAGGUGCCGCUGGUGGUGCUCGCCGUCACCCGUCCGCCCUGCCGCCGUCAAAUACAGAAUGCCGGCGCUGCCCGCUGUGUAGCCGAGCUGCGAGCUGCGCGAGCCGCGCCGUCUGUGAGCGUCUGUGAGCGUCUGUGAGCGGUGACCCGGGCGGCGGAUCGCACUGGGCUGACAUGGCCGCCCGGCCGCUGGCGAUCGACCCGACCGGGCCGCGGGUGAACGGCUCCGGUCCCAGCUCCGAGGAGCCCAUCUCACCGCUCUCCUCGGAAAUCAGCCGCAACACAGACGAGAUGCUGGAGGCGGAGGAGUCGGCGCUGCCACUGCGCGUCUAUGACCUGGAGAAGCUGGUGCGCGACCAGCAGGACGAAAUCACCUUCCUCAAAUCGACCGUGGCCGACCUGCAGCGCCGCCUCAACCUGGUGGAUGGCUCCAGAGCGGUCAGUAAGCUGACCACGGGCCAGGGCCCGCUCCGGGCGUCCCCGCAGCGGCCCAUCAGCGGGCACAGCAGCUACGGCGGCCAGGACCGACUGGACGCGGCCCGGCGACGGACCGCCAACGGUCUGCAGAGGCGGCCGCACCACUACCAGUCGACGGGCUCUCUGCACUCGGACGGCCACAGCAGCACCAGCGGCUCCCCCGUCACCUCGCCGAGCCCGACGUACGGCCGCGCCCAGCGCCGCCCGAUCGCCGCGCCGGCCAGCCUCACCAAGCGCUGGAGCUCGACGUCCGACUUCCAGGCGCGCCGCUCACCGGGCCCCAGUCCCGGCCCGGGCGGCGGCCCCUCCCCGGCGGUCAGCAUGCGCCGGAAGGCCGGUCGGCCGCGCGGCCGGCGGCCCGAGUCGUACGCCGGCCACAGCAAUACCCUGCUCGAAGAGCCUCUAGAGCUGUGGCGCGGCCUCGGAGACCAGGACGCCACGCCUGUGAUACGCAGGCCAAUCGGAGGGUCGCUCACCAACCUGAGCCGCACGGCGGCCCUGCCUCGCCACGGCACCAAGGACAUGACGUAUAACGCCGACGAGGGCGUGCUGAAGAUUUACCUGCGCGGCCGGCCGGUGAACCUGUACGCGCCCUCGGCCGUCCGCGACGAGUACCAGCUCACCAGGGCCGUGCCGGCGCCCAAACACCGGCUCCGACUCGAGUGGGUUUACGGUUACCGCGGGAAGGACUGCCGCAAUAACCUGUACCUGCUGCCCACCGGGGAGAUGAUAUACUUCGUGGCCGGCGUGGUGGUGCUGCACAACGCGGACGACCAGACGCAGCGCCACUACACCGGACACACAGAUGACGUCAAAUGCCUGGCGGUCCAUCCGAACCGUUUCACCAUCGCCUCUGGCCAGUGCACCGGCUCGGCACCUGACGCUCAGGCGCACGUGCGUGUCUGGGACAGUGUGAGUCUGAACACGCUGCACGUGCUGGCGGGCGGCGAGCUGGACCGCUCCGCCGGCUGCCUGGCCUUCAGUCGCGUGGACGGCGGCGUACUGCUGGCCUGCGUCGAUGACGGUGCCGAGCGCACUCUCAGCGUCUGGGACUGGCAGAAGGGCGCCAAACUCACCGAAAACAAGGCGUCCGCGGAGACGGUGGUGGACGUCCAGUGGCACCCUCUGGACCGCGGCGUGCUGAUGACCUGCGGACGGCAGCACGUCAACUUCUGGCUGCUGGAGGCCGGCUGCCUGCAGCGGCGGCAGGGCGUGUUCGGCGGCCGCGACCGGCCCAAAUACGUCACCUGCAUGGCGUUCACCGACUCCGGGGACCUCAUCACGGGCGACUCCGAGGGGCGCAUCCUCCUCUGGGAGCGAGGGGGGAACCAGGUAGCGCGCACCGUAAAGGCCGCCCACGAGGGCGCCGUCUUCACGCUGAUGGUCGACAAGGCGGGCAACAUCGUCUCCGGCGGCCGCGACGGCAGAAUAGUGCAGUGGGACCGCAGUCUGAGCCGCACCGGCAACGUACUGGAGCUGCCAGCCGAGUACGGCGCGCCCCGGAUGGUCUCCGCGGGCCGCGGCAGCCAGCUGCUGGUCGGCACCACGCGCAACUGCGUGCUGACCGGCGACUGGACGCUGUCGGCGCGUCUGGUGGCGCGCGGCCACACGGACCAGGUGUGGGCGGCGGCCGCGCACCCGGGCCGGCCCCAGUUCGUCACCGGCGCCUGGGACGGUCAGCUGCUGCUCUGGGACGUCAUGACCCACUCUCCCGUCUGGGAGCUGGCACUGGAGGAGGGUAUUCAGUGCACGGCGUUCUCGCCGGACGGCUCCCGGCUGGCGGUCGGCCUCGUCUCCGGACGCUGGGAGGUGCUGGACGCCGACACCCGCGAGCGGCUCUUCUCGCGCGCCGACGGCCCCGAGCCGAUCCAGGCGGCCGCCUUCUCGCCCGACGGCCGCCUGCUGGCUCUGGGAUCGCGCAACAACGCCCUCUUCAUCUACCAGGCCGGCCCCGCCGGCUACUCCCGGGUGGCAAAGUGCACGGGCCACUCGAGCUUCAUCACACACCUGGACUGGUCGGCUGACUCGACCCUGCUGCGCACCAACUCCGGCGACUACGAGCUGCUGUUCUGGUCGGCCGCCACGGGCCGCCAGCUGACGCAGCCCUCCCAGCUGAGAGACACGCAGUGGGCCACCCAUACCUGCACGCUGGCCUUCAACUCUGUCGGUAUUUACCCUGAGGCGGCCGACGGCACGGACGUCAACACCUGCUGCCGGUCACACAGAGGUCACCUGAUGGCCUCCGGCGACGACUUCGGCAAGGUCAAACUCUUCAGCUACCCGGCCAACCAAGCCAAGACGCACCACCAGACGUGUCGAGGUCACAGCAGUCACGUGACACAUGUGGAAUUUUUCGCCGAGGAUGACCGGCUGCUGUCUGCCGGCGGCCAGGACACUGCUGUCCUCCAGUGGACAGUGGAGUAACCUCUGCUUCCAACGGCUGCCACGGUGGCGCUAGCGGCGCCGCCGGGUUACGUGCUUGUGUUGUGCUGCAUUCUCCCGGUCCCGGGUCGGGGGCGUCUGCGGUUCUAUCGCCUUCGCGAACCAGGCAAACGAAGGACCUGGCUAGUUAGAUAGAUGAUCUAGAUGCUGUUGGAACCACAUUUAUGAAGCGUUGACGUAAAGUGUUUCACCGUAUCGCAGUGUUGCUGAUGUAGCCGGCGACCGUUUGCGGGCACCGACACGGGGUUCCGCACAAACAGUGCUGUACACAGUGUGUCAGACGGCCCUGGGGGUGAGCUGGCGGGGUGAGCUGGCGGGGGGAGCUGGCGGCGUGAGCUGCUCACCGCGUCACCCACCACGUGGACACGUGCACUGUGAGGCGGCCGGCCGGGCGCCGAGGUCCGAGGUCCGAGGUCCGGGAGGUGUCCCCCCGAGGUCCGGAGGUAUCCACCGAAGUCCGAGGUCCGGGAGGUGUCCCCCGAGGUCCGGGUCCGGGAGGUGUUCGGCUGAGAGGUCCGUCACCGUAAACCACCCCGGCGGCAGCCUGCACGGGGUCGGGUGUCGAGGGGGGGGGGGACGACUCCGAACCGCCGAAGCUCAGCCGGUGGGAGGGAGCGUGUGGCGCCGCUGCCCACUCAGCUGUGACCGGGAGUACCGGCGGGAGGGAGCGUGUGGCCCCACUGUCCACGCAGCUGUGGCCGGGAGUCCCGGACACCGUUGGGAGGGAGCCAGACGCCGUCCUCUGGCGGGGCGGACGGCCCUGUUCUGUGGCGGGCGGACGCCGUCCUGUGGCGGCUGGGCGGCCAGACCCUGCCCGUGGUGAGGCCGCCUUUGGCAGCCAGUUUUCAUGUAUGGACGGGUGAUUCUGCUGUGCGGGCGGUCGACGACAGCACUGAAUUUGUAAACCGAUGCCAACCCGCACGAUCGUAUUUGAACAAUGUUGUGUAAUACACGUGAAACCGAAAGGAAA